CGUCUUGUUCCACUCAUUCCCGAUGACGUACGCGCACGUGUGCCACGUGGCCUCCCCUUUGUCCGUCUUCCAAACUCUCACAACGUCGUCAAUCAGAAACGAACGCCUCUCUUAUCCACCUCCAAUGGAUUCAUUCCACCACACCUCGAUCACCAUGGCCAAACGCCCCUGCCCUUGUGUCUCUUCCUCCACCACCAUAGCCACCGCUUCUGCUCAAAAUCAUAUGUUCCCGAACCUAAACCCCCAGACGGACCAUCUCCUUCACGCAUUUCUCAGCCUUGCAGACUCCCCCUCGCACUCCCUCGACUUCUGCCUCGAUCGCCUCCUCGACUCCGCUACUUGUGAUGCCAACCAGUCCGUCCUCAUCGAUCGCGCCCACAAAUUGAGCUCUGUCCUCCUCGACGCUGCCAACCGCGCCGCCCGAAAGCGCGCUUCCACACACAAUUCUCUUACCUGGCCUCUCCCUCCCGAUCUAACUAUCAAGGUAUUCUCCAUGCUUGACACACAAAGCUUAUGCUUUGCUGCUGCGUCAUGCUCAAUGUUCAAUAAGUGUGCUAUGGAUCCAUUGUGCUAUGCAAAUAUCGACUUGACAACUGUUGUCCCAAAAGUCAAUAAUGCAGUGGUGUCUACAAUGAUUCAACGAGCAGGAAGAGUCCUUGAGUCUCUUAAGCUUGGCAUAGUUCCAGGCCCUACUUCGUCUCCUGGAUCUUGUCAACCAUUGGUUUAUACCAUCCGAAAUUCUGUAGAGGUAUCCAAAUUUUCAUGGACCGAUAAAAAGCCCAGGCACGGGAAGGAGUCAUCUAUUCUGACAAGAUCCUGCUUAAACUCUUUAAGUGGGGACAAUAGUGCUGCUGGGACUCUUUUGAGAAGGUUGCACCUUUACAAUAUUGAAAGAAUGGACAGUACAUCGCUUAGUGGGGCAUUAUCAGCAUGCACAUCUCUUCUUGAUCUGGAGAUUGUUGGUCUACAUGUUGAAUUGAGGCAAACAUUGAUGUCCGUGAGCAUGUUUUGUCCCUUGAUAGAGCGUUUAUUCUUUGAGUCGUCCAAAACAGGACGAGAUGACAGUUUGAAGUCACCAACAUGUGUUGCCCUAGUAAACAAUUGCCCAAAUCUGACUUCACUGGCACUCAGGGGGUUUAAGCUACAUGAUUUUAAAGUUCGCAUUCUCCUUAAGGGAUUUCGAAAGCUAAAGUAUGUUGACUUUUCGAUGUCGUAUUCAAUUAGUGGAAUGUUUUUGAGGAACCUUGGAAGCAGCUUAGGUGGUCAUCUACUAGAGGUUUUGAUUUUGAGGGACUGCAUGCACCUUAGAGAGGUGGAAGUUGCUCGAUUAUUGACAGCAAUUCUUUCUGGGGAUUUCAAAUUCCUUCGACAUCUUGACAUAUCCAAUAGGGAAGGUUUAGCUUCUGAAGGUGACUGGUAUCAGAGGUGUUACAACUCAAGUCUAAUCCCCGUAAGGCAGGUCUUGCAAGAGAGGCCUGGCAUGUGCUUGUUGGCUGAGUUUCCCUCAGAAGGAAGUUUCAUCGAUCUUGACAGCGAUUUGAAUAGUGAGAUCAGUCUGCCAUCCCAGCUGAGCAGUCAUACAUCAGAUGGUUCUUCAUUUACGAGUUCGUCGGAUAGCAGCUAUAGCAGUGAUCGGAGUAGUGGCAACGACGAGAAUCGAGAUUCCGGUUUUGUAAUUUUGGAGGAAAGCUCAGAUGAAGUUGACUUUUUGCCUGGCUAGGUAACCUACCAAGCAUGGAAAGGCUUGGAAUCCUCGACCACCAAUAAAUUGAGUACUGCUCUGUCUCUCUCCCCCCCACUCUCUCUCUCUCUCACACACACACAAACACACACUCACACACUCAUAUUGACUCACUUUUAUAAAGACAAGUAUCCUGGAGUUCUUCCAAGCAUGCUAAGCAAAGAUUUCAUAAUUGGCCUGUGAAGCUCUUAAAAAAAUGUUGGGAUGUUAUUAUAGUUAAAUUUUCUGAUAGAAAAGCGAACCACUUGAACAAGUGGCGCUGUUCUUCCAUGUUUCUUUCUAUUAUAACGUGACAAAUACUGGGAAGAAACUUUCUAGGCAGCCCAAGCUCUUGCCAGAUCUAUGAAGAACAUAAACUAUUUUCUUGAUGGUGGCUUCCAUCACUUAGUACAACUACAGACUGCAGCAGGGAAUUUAUGGAGCAAUUGGUUUUCCAUUAUGAGGCUGUAAAUAGCGAAGGGAACCGGCAUUCGCUUGCAGCGGAUUCGGCGAUAAGAACUGACUCGGCGACAGGCGAUAGAGAAGUCAACCUUUGAUGCGAGGUUUUUAAUCAGUCUUGGAUCUUGCAGUUGAAAGUAGUUCUUGAGAGAGGAAAUGGCAAAGCCAAGAACCAAGCUGACUGAAUGAAAGCCUUUUAUCUCCCUCACUUCGAAAAAAAGGGUUAUUUUUAUGGUUCUACCAUUUCAGUAUUUUUUUUUUGUAUUUAAUGAUUGUAUUUUUAUAUUCAUAAAACGUUGCAAUAAUUUGUCUGAAAUGUUACGGGUUGACGGUCCCAAACUGGAAAAAUCUGUUCAAGUUAUUAAAAUGGAACAAAUUUUCACUUUG